AUGUGACUUUUAGGUCAAGGUAACCUGGUAUUUCAACGAAAGCAGGUCUCAUUUCCGCGAACUGCGUCUGACGGACAGACUGUGUAUUCUCGUUGUUGUCAGUGCAGUUGUGUUUCUCUGGUAGACCUAUGAUAGCUAGAUGGGUUUAUAUCCGCUGCAUACAUCCACUACCAACAAUGGCAGAAAGUGGGGGCAGCGGUCCUAAUGAUAGUGAUCAGGAUCAACCUUCAGGAUAUGAAGACACAACUGGAGGGUCAGUCAUGCUAUCUCAAACAGACAAUGGUCAGUCAGAGGAUACAGCACACCCUGUACGACGGAGGAUAACAUAUGUCGAGAACAUUGGGCCUCGAGAGAUCAACCGUGAAGAAAUACAGCAACCACUGGCAGAAUGCUCAUUGGCGUCAAUUCCCGAUGGUGUACAUUUUGAAAAUUUGAACAUUGUGAACUUUAUUGGCAACCUGAACAUUUCACAAGGGACAACUGUCAGCGGUGAUGGUGAACUUCCAGAUAUGGUUAAUGAGAGGUUGAAAUCUGCAAAAGACAUCUUUGUAAAAACGGAUGCUUACCUGAAUGUUUGUGAUGCUCUGGCUCACCAUGGACAUGUUCUCAUUACUGGAUCACCGGGAUCAGGAAAAACAACUAUGGCUCUUUACAUAAUGGGUACAUACAGAAAGCAGAAAUACAAGGUGAAAUUUGUGGAUGAAGUGACAAGUUUUAAAGUUGAAGAAUACGUCAAUUUGAGUGAACCAACAUUGCUUGUUCUUGAUGACGUGUUUGGUAGAUUUUCUCCAACAUCAGAAAUUAGGGUUCGCUGUACAAAUAUAUUCAAUUAUUUGGAAACACACUUCAAACGGUUAGAUGAAAAGAGGACUAAAAGACAAAUUGGAGAUAAAUAUAAAAGUGAUGACAUCUCAGGAAAUCUCAAAAUUAUCAUGUGCAGUAGGACAAACAUUUCCAAACACCCCAUUGUCUCCACGAUGUUACAGAAAUACAGAACAUCCUUGUUUAGAUUCAGCACUAUUGCCGAUCUAACCAUAACAGAGUUGAAAGAUCGUGAAAAAGAAAACAUACUUCGCAAACAUGUGAGAAAAGGGUGCAUAAGCGUUACUUCUGUCGAUGUAGAACACAUCGCACAUUUAAAAUACAGGACACUGGGAUUUCCAUAUAUCUGUCAGUUGUUUGUGGACAAUUGGUCUUCACAGGAAUAGGCCGUGCAAUUCUUCAAGGAGCCCUGGACGUAUUUACAUGACUUAAUAAGCAACAUAUUCAUCUCCGAGGAUCCAAACUACGGAGCAGCUGUGCUCCUGCUUAUGGUGCUCAAUGAUGGAACACUGAACUUGAUCAAUUUGUUGAGUGCUGAAAAGCGAAAAAGUAGUGGACUUGAGAAGAAGCUAUCCAGUGUACAAGAAAUACUGCCGGAUAUUCUUCAUCCUCAUCGUUUAAGCGAAGCUGCCAAAAACGAAAUUCGUACGCUUUUGGUAUCUGACAAAAACUGCAUCAAGUUUAGUCAUCCGACUAUCCAUGAUGUUGUGUCAUUUGUUGUGGGGGACAUGAACCCUGUCUUCAUUCUUGAAAACUGCAGUCUCAAGUUCAUCAUUGAAAGGACAAAGGUUUCAGAAGACUACAUGACUGAGGCUCCCAGUGGUGGGUAUGUCACCAGCUUCAUGAUAUACCUUAAACAAGAUGCUGCCAUGGUGCUUGUGGAGAGACUUGCUCGGGAGAUUACUGAUGGUCAUAUUGCUCUUUCUUUGUCACAUCAGUGUCUCAUGUUAGAAAGCAUGGUGGACUGUCUAUUUUCAAAUCUUUCAAGACGUGAGAACUUUGAAGGAGUUUUGCAUUCCCAUGACAGGGGUUAUGGCCUUGGAUUCUUAUACUGGUCAUCGUUUGCUAGCAUUGGUCCUGUGAGCAAAUCUUUGUUUCAGCAUACUUCAUUUGAAGUUUCUGAAAUCCUUGAAGGAUAUCUAGGUUGUUGCUUGAGUGGGAAUGUUUCUUCUCUGCAGGUACUUGUUGCUAAAUCAGAUUUUUUUUAUGACCAAAUAGCAACAGUCAGUGUUGGGGAUAUCCUGGGUAUAAGAAAAGAAACAAGGCAAUUUGUACGCAGCCUAUCCACAGCAUGCAGCCCCACUAAAACUGAUGUAGGUCCCGAGAAAGUAACCCCCCGCAUGCAUGGGGACAACAAAGAUAAGUUGAUUCAUAUUGCAGCUGCAAAUGGAUUCACUCAAAUUGUAGAACUACUCCUUGAUACGGUUUGUACACCAAUUGACGUCAAGGGAGGCAAUGACAUGACAGCACUCAUGUAUUCAAGCUACCUUGGUCAUACUGACUUAGCUGUAACAUUGCUCAAACGAGGGGCCAAUCCGGAAUUGUUGGACGAAGAAGGUGACAACUGCCUUCACCUUACAUGUCGAGGGGGGUCUGUUGACUUAGCUAAAUCCCUAAUUGCAGAAACGUUGGAUGUCAACAAACGUGGUGAACAUGGACGCACGCCACUGAUGUAUGCCUCAUACAAUGGGCAUGAGGAUAUUGUGAAGCUCUUAUUGGAGAAGGGAGCAUUGCCAAAUCCUGAUGUAUCAUCUAUUGACCAAAAAGACAACUGUCUUCAUCUUGCAUGUGUGAAGGGUGAAAUAAGAAUUGUUCAGAUUCUUCUUGAUGAAGGCAAAAUGGACAUUGAAGUGACGGGUCAGCGAAACAGAACCCCAUUGAUGUAUGCUUGCAGGAAUGGGCAGUUUGAAACUGCCAAGAAACUAGUAGCCAGGCAUGCAAAUACCAGUGUCUUGGAUGAAACAAGCUUUUCUUGCCUACAUCUUGCAGCGAUGAAAGGGCAUGUUCCCACAGCUGAAUGGCUCCUUUCCUUAAAUCCAGGAAUCGUUGUUGAUUGUACUAAUGAUACAGGGCGAACACCUUUGAUGUUUGCAUUGCAGAAUGGCCAUGCUGACAUGGUAGACUGGCUUAUUGAACAUGGUUCUGACAUAGCUCUAAAAGAUCAUUCAAUGGUCUCAUGUGUGCAUAUGGCUGUACAAUCCGGGAGAUUGCCUUUGGUUGAACUUUGCCUGGAAAAAGGUCAAAAUGUCAACUCAUGUUCAAAUAGUUACCAAACCCCAGUCAUGCGUGCUUGCAAACAAGGGGAUUUGAACCUUGUUAAAUGUUUGGUGGCGAAAGACGCCAAUGUCAAUUUGGGAAAUGGUUGCCUUAAUGCUGCUUGCAUUGGGGGUAGCCUUGAAAUGGUUGAGUAUCUUAUAUCAACUUUUCCAAAAAUAGACAUCAACAAAUGCGGCCCAAAAAAUAGAACACCGGUUAUGACAGCAUGUUUUCAUGGUCACACUGAUAUUGUGGAGUAUUUGCAGUCAAAAGGUGCAGACAUCUUAGCAAAAGAUAAGUUCGAACAGACGUGUCUUCAUGUGGCAUGUCGCAGUGGCCACGUGGAAAUAGCAGAGCGGUUGUUGGAGAUAAUUCCCAUUGAUGACAUUGACUGCAAUGGCAUGACACCCUUGAUGUUUGCAGUUAAAUCCAAAUGCUUUGAUAUGGUUGACUUCCUUGUUGAACAUGGUGCAAACAUGAAUAUUCGAAACAAUCAUGGGCAAACAACCCUCCACACUUCAGCAUGGUUUGGAAAUGCAUUGGGUUGUGCCAAACUCCUUGAUUUGGGCAUGUUUGUUGAUAUUCGUGAUUCUACCAACAGAACCCCUCUCAUGUGUGUAUCCAAGAACAGAGAUGAUCGAAGUGAAGUUGUCAACAUUCUUGUUGAAAGAGACGCAGACAUCAACGUGAGCGAUGAAAAUGGUGACGUGUGCCUGCACAUUGCCGCAAAAUCUGGUGGUCACACUGCCACCUCAGAAUAUCUUUUGGACAGUGGUUUGGAUAUCAACACCAAAGGUUCACAUGACUAUACUCCAAUCAUGUCUGCUUGCAGGAGUGGUAACAAGGAGCAAUUUGACCUACUGCUUGUUAAAGGUGCUGAUCUGCACUGCUUAACCGAUCAUGGCGCCAGUUGUUUGCAUUUAGCAUGCAUGUCAGACACCAAUGACACACAUAUUCCAAAUGAAUUACUUGAUCAUGGACUAAAUAUUGAUAAAGAGGAUGAUGACAACAUGACCCCAGUCAUGUAUGCCAUCAGCAAGGACAACGUGAACAUUUUGAGCCUCUUGCUGUCCCGAAAUGCUUCUGUCAGUACAUUGGACAGCAGUGGCACCAAGUCUAAUUUGCUGCAUUAUGCAUGUGAUAUCCAAGAUAUCAGCAUAGAGACACACAAACUGCUCCUUGAAAGGGGUCUCCAUGUCAAUGCUCCGAAUACGCUUGGUGUGACGCCAUUGAUGUGUGCUGCAAGACAAGGAAAUCGGGCAGUGGUAGACUUAUUGAUAAGUGCAGGAGCGAACCGAAAAGCAAUUGACCUGAAUGGCCAUGAUUGUAUCAGUCAUGCUGAAACUCAUGGACAUUGUGAACUUGGUGAUUAUUUGUCUCAAAUAUGAAUGACGUAUGUGUAUGUCCAAAGUCCAGGGUGAAACAAGGUUUACCUCUUGCAGUGAUGAAAGGGCACGUGUUAUUUCCUUAAGUCUAGGAAUCAUUGUUGACAGCGUAAAUACUAGAUGAGCAACCUUGAUACAUUGCAUUGCUGUUAAAAACUGUUUAAAUACUACAUGCAUCAUAUAGCUGUAACACCUGUGACAUGGUCCAUACUUGAAAUACGCUUUGAAAACAUCAACACAGCUUCAUGUCCUGGAUUCAUUCAAGUUUAAUGUUGUGUUUAGAAUGGUAAUAUGCAAACUUGUCAGACACCAAUGCAUCAUAUUUCAAAUGAACUACUUAAUCACCGGUUUUGAUAUCAACACAAGAGGUGAAAAUGGACUUACUCCAUAUUGAGUCUGCUAAAAGAGGCGCAAUGGAGAAAAUAAUUUGAAUAGCAAUAAUGCUAGGAAAAUGCUUCAUUGUUGCAUGAUCGUGACUCUUUUACAUCUAUCCCGAAGGAUGAUGAACAACAAAUGGAGAUGCAAAACCUGUUUACUGUUUAAGCUAAAUAACAAUGCUUUAACUUUUAAUACCAGAUUUUAGUUACAUGACUUGACAUUGUUGUAGACAAGGUAUGGACGUAUUGAAGUUGGAGAUUCACUAUAUUUAUAUCUCAUGUACAAAAACUUAAAUCUAUGACUCAAGCCUCUUUACUUACUUCAUCUCAAUUUCACCCACAAAAUAUAAAAUAUGAUGUAUGUAUUUUCAACCAAUAUGUCGUGGCUAAACAGUUAAUCUCCACAAUAUCUUUUGAGCGGUUUUGGUAUCAAUACAAUCAAUAUCAGUAUGUGCAAUACAAAAGCAAACUAGCAUCAAAAGCAUCACUCAAUGUACAUGUAUCCAUCUGUCAGAGCAAACCUGCUAGGUGUUUUUAUUCCUCUGGACUACACUUUACUCAAUUCAAACAGAAACAACUACCUGCUUUCAUAGCUACUGAUGGUGUUAGAGACGAUUUAACACCACCAUACUUGUAUCUGAAUACAGUCAAAAUUCAAGCUUAUCUGGACAUGAUUUUAAAUCUUGUUUAAAUCUCAAGUUAUCUUUUUGUGAGCUCUGGUAGUCUAGCGGUGCCUGAACUCACUAUUUACAAAGCAAAGCUAUCCAAAUGUUUUGAACAAUGUUCACGUGUAUGUAUUUUAUAUGUGUAUAUUAUGCGUAGAUCUAAUUAUGAAACAGACGGCGGUCUGUAAAUUAUCGAGUCUGGACCAGACAAUCCAAUGAUUGAUAUCAUGAGCAUCGAUCAACGCAAUUGGGAUCGAUGACAUGCUUCAACCAUGUCAGCGAGCCUGACCACCCGAUCCCGUUAGUCGCCUCUUACAACAAGCACGGUCGCCUUUUACGGCAAGCAUGAGUUGCUGAAGAUCUAUCCUACCCCGGAUCUUCACGGUUCGUUUUAAUACGGGUCGUUAAGUUCGAAAAGGAAUAAUUAUCCCUUGAUGUACUUGUACCAUCAUUGUUAUUUUGUAAGUGUGUCAGAAUAAAGUUAUGUUCUUUGUUUA